GUUCUCAUUCCUAUCCAGGAGGCACAGACCAUAACAACAGACCAUAUGUGUGUUUUCAUCCGGUCUCAGUUUAUAAGAAUUUCUUUCUAAACACAAAUGUGGUGUUUUAAACAGAAAAACUGUGCAGGAAAUACGGAGAGGACCGAUCUGAACAAAGAAUAAACUUCACCAAGACCAGUCAGACGUGACUUGUUAGCAGAUAAACUUCACCGACAUUAUUCAGACAAGUUGACUGUGGCGAUAACACAAUCUGCUUCUGCCAACAUGAUCCCUGACAGCAUGCCUGGGCCCGAGCAAGAGGAUCCGCAGGAACAGCCGUUGAGGAUCAUGUUUCUUGGAAAGAGUGGGGUGGGCAAGAGCUCGAGUGGAAACACCAUCUUCGGGCAACAUGUGUUCAGAUCAGAAAUGACGCUGGCUAGAGUCACCAGACACUGUGAAAAGGAGGUUGGGACGGUCAAGGAUGUGCCGGUCGAUAUGACAGGGAAAGUCAAGGAUGUGCCUGUCGCCGUGAUCGACACACCCGGCUUUUUUGAGACUGACCGUAACAAGGGGGAAAUUGAGCGAGAGAUUCUGAAGUGUGUCAAACUCCAAGAACCAGGACCUCACGCCUUCGUGUAUGUUAUCUCUGUUGGAAGGAUGACUCAGGAAGAUCAAAAUACCAACGCAGUGAUUGAAGCAAAGUUUGGCCCGAGAGUGUGGGACUACACCAUCGUCCUGUUCACCCAUGGGGAUCGUUUGGAGGGAAAAACAAUAAACGACAUCGUCACUGUCAGUGACGACAACCUCCGCAACUUCAUCCGCAAGUGCAGCGGCGGGUUCCACGUCUUCAACAACAAGAACCCGGAGGACCAGGUCCAGGUGACCAGCUUCAUAGCAAAGAUCCAGACCCUGGUGGCCCUGAAUGGAGGGGGCCAUUACCACACAGCCCUGUAUCCUGAAGAGGAGAGGAAGAUUAGGAAGAGACAGGAGAGCAUCCUGGCAGAGAGAGAUGAAGAGAUCAGCAAAAAGGAGAGAGCGCUGCAGGAGCGUCACCAGGGAGAAGAGCUGGAGGAGAAGAAGAAGGAGCUGUGGAGGAAAGAGGAGUUCAACUCAAGACUGGCUGCAGAGAAGGAGAUCAGGAGGUUCUCAAACAUGUGGAAUAUUUUGAGAUUCAUCCUAAUCCUGGGAGGCAUAGCACUGACCCUGGCAGGUUUGUGGCCUCUAGUGGUAAUCAUCUUUGUCAUUUGGAUUUUCUUUGGGGAGUUUCCAUCUGUCAGGAAAAUAUCAGGGCUUUCUAAGAAAACUAAAUAGGCUAGCUGUUUAAGGUAGCUAAUAACUCAUUUAUUACUUGGGGGUCUAUAGUGGAUGCUCGAUUAAUGUAAUAGAUUGUAGUCCAACAUGUUUUUUUAAUGUAUCUGUGCAUAAUUAGAAAACAGAAAAGGCAUGAUUUUAUAGCUUUCUUGCUCUUUCAUGUUUAAGAUCUAAUCCACUCUCAUGUAACACAACUGUAAAAAAUAAUAAUAAUAAAAUAUAAAUUGAAAGUGGUAUUUCAACCCGA